GCUCAUUGUACUUUUAUGUAGUUCAUAUAAACCUUGUAAUGUUUAUUCGUACUUUCGAAAGGAUUCACUCUGGUCCUAGAACACUUUUAAAUUUUAUCAAAUCAUGGAACAGGAGUAAAGCAAAUAUUUAUAAAAUUACAAGAAUUCUGCAUACUUCAAACAUUGUCACCAAUAACAAAAGAUGGGAUUCUGGAAUGACAGAAAAACGGAAACAAGCAUAUCUUAUCAAAGUGUAAUAUCUGAAUCUUUAUUUGACUUGGUCAAAAAAGAUGGUAGUGAAUUAAUUGAUGCGUAUGAUUUAAUUGAAUUAAUUAACAGUGCUGGUAUAUCAUUGUGUGAUCCAAGGUUAACUGAAUUUACAAAUGCAUUAAAAGAACUUCAAGGGAAUAAAAAUAAUCAGAAUAUGAUUCAAGGUAAAUCAUUGACCUUGAACAGGGAGAAAUUUAAAAUUGUAACUAAAGAAAAUCUUCACAUGUUACUGCGUAUUCUGACAAAUGAUUUUUGUAUACCAGAUUUUCAAUCAUUUGAAAGUGAAAUUCAAGCGAUUUUCAAUAUGUGUAAAGAUAAUAAUGAUGGAAAUGUGGCCAGUUAUAUACCUGAGUUGAAACAAGUAAAUCCUAAUUAUUGGGGUUUAUCACUGUGCACUGUAGAUGGACAAAGAUUAUCUAUGGGAGAUAGCAAUAUUCCAUUUACAAUACAGUCAAGCAGUAAACCAAUCACUUAUGCACUUGCAUUGACUGAUCUGGGGCCCGAAUAUGUUCAUCAAUAUGUUGGCUAUGAACCGUCUGGUUUGCCUUAUAAUCAAAUCUCAUUAAAUCAUAGAAUUUAUUUUUUAAAACAUCCCAUGAAAAGUAUUAUUGACUGGUUAACUAAUUCUGUUCAUAACCGAUUCGAAGAAUUAAUUCAAAGAUUUAUUUUUCAUCAUUAUGAGAGUCAUUUACAUUAUGAUAAAAAGAUUGAUCCGCGUAAACCUCGUGAUUCUCAUCGUACAGAUGCUAUAACUUCAUUGUUAUUUGCUGCUGGAAGUAAUGAUUUAGCAACGGUGAGAAGGUGUUAUAUUCAUGGAGUAGAUUUCAAUGCAACCGACUAUGACGGACGCACUGGUUUGCAUGUGGCAGCUAGUUCUGGCGCAUUAGAUACUGUGAAAUUUUUUAUUGAAGUGGGUGGAGCAAAGCUCAGUCCAUUGGAUCGCUGGGGUCAUACACCAUUAUCAGAUGCUAAACUAUUUGGACAUCACGAAAUUGUUGAAUAUUUAGAAAGGAAGAUAAAUACCAUAGAACAGCCCAACAGGGAUGAAACAAAAGAUGAAUGAUCAUUCCAUUUAGAGAAAAAAAAAAGCAUUUUCAUAUUUAUCCUCAUUUUUCUCUCGCCGCAAAACUUUCUUUUCGUUUCGCUUAACUUUUGUUGGACUUGAUACCAUAGAGGAAUAAUUUAAUUGAGAGAUCGAAUCCUGUCUAAUUUUAACUAAAUUUAUUCAAGAAAAAUCUGGCUAUUUAUUUAUUCAUUAUUAUUAUCAUGGUUGCUGUUAUCUUUUUGGCAUGUUCAAUGUAUCGAUUUGCUAAGUUCUUCAGAGUUCAGAUCAAAAAAUACACGGAAUAAGUAACUCA